CACGUUUGGAUAAUAGUAGUAUCUCGUCCACUGCUUCCCAUGGAGUGUAAAUUCUAGCUUAUCGUUUCAUUUCCAAGGGAAAGGAAGAAUUGCUGUUUGUGGAAAAGCACCAUGGGAAAACUGCACUCAAAAUUCUCCUCAAAAUGCAGACAGAGCCCUGAAGGUGGUGUUCUUGUGUCCAAUUUAUUGAACGGGCAAAGGGAGGUGGAACUCAUCCCUAGCAAUAAAGAAAACCUGUCCAUGAACAUGCACAAGGAUGUACACAGUAAUAAUUACCUACUGAAUGUUACUCUACCACCAGAGCAAGGGCUCGGCAAGAGUCAAUAUUCAAAUAAUGAACACACGAAUUUAGCUGAGAGAAACACAUUUACUGACGAUCCUAAAAAAGAAUGGCUGUUCAUGUUGUGCAAUGAAAGUGGCAAUUCCAACAAGGAGGAUAUGUCCAACUUCUUGCAUGGAGUAUGUAAGGCAAUUGAUGCCUCAGUUAAACCAGCUACAGACAGCACCGCAACAUUGAAGAUCAAGAUAGUCUUAAGUUCUUCUGAUGACCAAAACAAUGAUUUGAGUCCAUGUGAGGAGACCAGAAGACCCAUGAGAAGACUGUACUGUGUAGGGGAAAACAUUGAGCGCAGAAACCACUACCUGGAUCUUGCUGGCAUUGAAAAUUUUACCUCAAAGUUUGAUAAUAAAGACUGCACCCAUCCGAAACCUCCCACUCAUCAUCACCAUCUUGUGGCAACAGUUGAAAACUGCAUGCAAAUCUCUCAAUCUACGCAUAACUCCCAGAAAACUAGACCAGUGUGGAAAGAGGAAAAGUCCGGCAGAUCACAUGGGCUGCAUCCUUCAUCUUUGUGUCGUCAUCAUUCCUCCAGCUGCAAGCAUAACACAAACAGACCUGUUCAUCGCUCCCAUAGCAAAAGGCUGCGACCACAGGAUCACGUGUCACCUCGGAGACCAAUGUGCUGUUAUAACCAGGGGGGGAAAGACUGUGAUAUUUUAACAGCUCCUCGGUUCUCCUCUUCCUCAUGUUCCACUUUAGUAAGACACCAUCACCUACAUGAACACCACCAUCACCACCAUCACCAUUACCAUGCGGCAUGAUGGGAAAUAUCAACUACAUCCAACACUGAUAAAGUGCUAUCCUCACAAUGAAGCGGCGUGCAUAGUGACAGAUCCUCAACUGGAGCUUGGAUGUUGUUCCUGCUUAACUCUGGGUGAAAACUGCAAAUAGACACUGAACCAGGCGAGGGGCGUAAGACAGCUGC